CCCGGACCCGCCCCCAGCUCUCCGCCUCCUCCUCUGGUGGUGGCGCCGGGUUGCAACACCGGUGGUGGCGGUUUCGUUGCCUGAGGCCGGGAGCGCGGAGUCGUUCCCGAGAGAAGCGGCCAAGGCUAUGCUCGCCGGGCCCCUGCGUCCCUCUCCGGCCAGUCAGAUUCCCUGCGUCGGCUCGUCUGCGUGCCCGAGCGGUCCCCUCAGCCCGACUCCGCGGCGCGGUUGGCGGCGGCGCCCCCGCCGCGCCCCCUCUUUCCAUGGCGGCGGAGAUCCAGCCCAAACCGCUGACCCGCAAGCCGAUCCUGCUGCAGCGGGUGGAGGGGUCCCAGGAGGUGGUGAACAUGGCCGUGAUCGUACCCAAAGAGGAGGGCGUCAUCAGCGUCUCGGAGGACAGGACAGUUCGUGUUUGGUUAAAGAGAGACAGUGGACAAUACUGGCCGAGCAUAUACCAUGCCAUGCCUUCUCCAUGUUCAUGCAUGUCUUUUAACCCGGAAACAAGAAGACUGUCCAUAGGUCUAGACAAUGGUACAAUCUCAGAGUUUAUUUUGUCAGAAGAUUAUAACAAGAUGACUCCUGUGAAAAACUAUCAAGCACAUCAGAGCAGAGUGACGAUGGUCCUGUUUGUCCUGGAACUGGAGUGGGUAUUGAGCACAGGACAGGACAAGCAAUUCGCCUGGCACUGCUCAGAGAGCGGACAGCGCCUGGGAGGUUAUCGCACCAGUGCCGUGGCCUCUGGCCUGCAAUUUGACGUUGAAACUCGGCAUGUGUUUAUUGGUGACCACUCAGGCCAAGUAACAAUCCUCAAACUGGAGCAAGAAAGCUGCACUCUGGUCACCACAUUCCGAGGACACACAGGUGGGGUGACUGCGCUGUGUUGGGAUCCAGUCCAGCGAGUGUUGUUCUCGGGCAGUUCAGAUCACUCAGUCAUCAUGUGGGACAUCGGAGGGAGAAAAGGAACAGCCAUUGAGCUCCAGGGACACACUGACAAAGUCCAGGCGCUCUCCUAUGCACAGCACACCCGGCAGCUCAUCUCAUGUGGCGGUGAUGGUGGCAUUGUCGUCUGGAACAUGGAUGUGGAGAGGCAGGAGACUCCUGAAUGGCUGGACAGUGACUCCUGCCAAAAGUGUGACCAGCCUUUCUUCUGGAACUUCAAGCAAAUGUGGGACAGUAAGAAAAUUGGCCUGAGACAGCACCAUUGCCGCAAGUGUGGGAAGGCCGUCUGUGGCAAGUGCAGCUCCAAGCGCUCCUCCAUCCCACUGAUGGGCUUCGAGUUUGAAGUGAGGGUCUGUGACAGCUGCCACGAGGCCAUCACAGAUGAAGAACGUGCACCUACAGCUACCUUCCAUGACAGUAAACAUCACAUUGUGCAUGUGCAUUUUGAUGCGACCAGAAGCUGGUUACUGACUUCUGGAACUGACAAAGUGAUUAAGCUGUGGGAUAUGACCCCAGUCGUGUCUUGAUGACUCUCCCAGAAAUCAGAGAGAUGGUAUUUACUAAAGAAACGGUUCUUCUGGUGCACAUCAUUCCUGGUGAAGUAGAGCAGCCCCGUGAGGAGCCAGAGAGGAAUCCGCACUGCCUGCCGCACAGGGGUCACCCAGUGAGUGGACACUUGCAAGGGCCUCUUCCAACCUGUUCAUACAAUAUAAAAGAUGAUAUUUUUUUAACAAAUGGUUUAUACAGCCUGGCUGUGCUAUCUUGUUUUGAGUAUACUGAAAAAUCUGUGUGGUAUGUUUUA